CAUUCACUGCCCCGUCAAACAAAAGCGUACUGCGGGUAUUGUGGUCCACUUCACAGAGGAAAUGCUUGCACCUGCUUCUACUGAAAAGGCAUCACUGCGUGAAACAAUCCGCACAGCAAACCUGCAACCUAGGAGCUAACAGCGAGCCUGUGAAGCUAGUUAGCUAACUCGGCUACGUCAAGAACUUUUUGCGGGCGACCCCCUCCCGACUGAUAACGGCGCUAUCAGCCGUGUUUUUAACCCUGUCCGCAGGCAUCGCAGUCGGAAUAAUCUCACACGGGAGGUGAACUUCACACAGAGCUUGCUGCAGUUGCAAAAGUUGGUUGGUGUCCAACUAGCGUGUAAGACAUGCUGUUUUUUCUCCAGCGUGACUCAGUGGCUGUUCAUGAAGGUAACGUAUCGGCCGAUCGCGGGUGUUGCCUGGUCAUCGCUGCCGUCUCUAUCCUGUCAGCGCCUGGGAACAAAUAAAGGUCGAUUCAUUUAACGUCCACCACGUUUUGUGGAUUUGUGUGACUGUAGUAUGAUGGGGUCUCUGAAGGCUCUCCAGGAGUGGUGUCGGAUACAGUGUGAGAACUACAGCGAUGUGGAAAUUAAGGACAUGUCCAAGUCCUUUCGGGACGGGCUGGCGUUUUGUGCCAUCAUACAUCGCUUCAGACCAGAUCUGAUAGACUUUGACUCGCUGUCUAAGGAGAAUGUCUACGAGAACAACCGCCUGGCGUUUGAAGUGGCCGAGACUCAGCUGGGGAUUCCAGCCCUGUUGGACCCAGAAGACAUGGUGUCCAUGAAAGUGCCUGACCGGCUCAGCAUCAUCACAUACGUGUCCCAGUACUACAACUUCUUCAAUAACAAGUCUCAGGCAAACCCUCCGUGUAUGAAGAGGCUGAGUUCUGCUGGUCUUAAUGAGCCAGCCCAGAAAAGGCCUCCAACUCCUUUGGAAGACAAGACUGAGCCGAUCCAGACCGUGCAGACGGGCGCUGAAGCGGUUGGGGCAGGCAGGCGCCACACUCUCAGCAGCACCUGCGCUGCCUGCCAGAAACACGUCCACCUGGUGCAGAGGUUUUUGGUGGACGGCAAGCUCUACCAUCGCAACUGUUUCAGGUGCACAGAGUGUCACAGCACACUGCUUCCUGGCUCUUACAAACUGGGAACCGAUUCUGGGGCUCUGGUCUGUGCACAUCACCUUACUAGGAAUGCAUUAUCCAAUCAGAAUGGUCGUCCCGAUCUUGCUAAGAGACCGGUGUCGGUACAGUCUGCCAGGAUUGGUCGCAGCACAGUUCAUCACCCGGCGCCCUCUGAUGGCGACCGGGCAAAGACUUCUUCUCCGGUACAGCAAACAAACGACACUGACACGCCAGCCAGUGACUCUGUCGCAGUCACUCCUGUUGCAACAAACAAAGACUGCUUGGAAAAAAUAAAUAAACAAGAUGGCGCUGGAGAGACAGAGGAGAACCAGCGCUCAGCCACACCUUCCAACCCUUUUGAUGAGAGCGAUGCUGAAGAGGAGGAGCAGGGAGAGAAAGAGGAAGAAACUGAAACACCAGCCACACACACAGCUAAUGGCGACCUCCCUUCUACACGUGCACCUCAUCUCGAAGGUAUCGGUCGGCCAGUGCCCGCGCCCCGCCGGGUUUCUGAUCCCACCCCUCCGCCUCGCCCUGCCCCGCGGGUUCGACUCCCUCGCACAGCAGACAGUCCCACAGUCGGGGAAACUCAGAAGCCUCCGCCUCCUCCCAAACCUCGAGAAAGGUCGCAGUCUCCUGCAAGUGGCACCCAUAAACCCAAAGACCCACCUUGGCUCGCCCUGGUUCAAUCAGAAUCCAAGAAGAAGAAAGCCCCAGCCCCUCCCCCUCCCCCCGCUGGACUGGCAACCCCUCCAAACACAGGCUCUUUGUCCUCUCUCAAAGGGGAGGGCUCCAGACCCAGCACGCCCCCUGAGCCCUCCAACCCAUUUGACGAUGAUGAUGAUGAUGAUGAAAAUAAUGAGGGAAAUGGAGAAGAAAGCAGUGAGGGAGGUGCACAUCCACCUACAGUGGUGACUAGUCACCCAUGGUACAGCAUCACUCAGGCUGCAGACACAGCAGGUGCCGACACGCCCCCUAAUAAAGGAAGCUCAUCCCGCUCUGUCAGCCCCGCAAGCACCAAGAGCAAGAAACGGCCGGCACCUCGCGCUCCUCGGCCACCUGCUGGUAACCAAGCUCUUAGCACAGAGAGUUUGUCCUCAGGCUCAGACUACAGUUCCUCUCAGCUCCCUUUGGCUGGCAGUGCCAGCAGCGACCAGGAACACAGCUUCACCAAAAGCGUCUCAGAGCCUUCCAUUUGUUCACCGAAUGACUCCAAGCCUUCCCCUUCUUCCUCCUCGACUGAGCAUCUCCGUCAGCCUUCCCCGAGCCCCGCCCCUACUUCAGCGCCAGCAUAUGCCAGCUCAGCUCCAGCCACUCCACAAACCACUCGCAACCCAGGGACCAGAAGUCCUCGACCUCCACCACCACGACCCCCCACCACUCCCAGUCCACUGGUGUCAGAGGCCACCCAAUCACACAACAAGCGGACAUGUAAGGAGAACCCCUUCAACAGAAAAGCUUCUCCCUGUCCCGCUGAUUCUAAAACCAGGCCGCCAAAAGGUCCCCGUCCUGCUAGACCCCCUGCUCCCGGCCACGGCUUCCCACUUAUUAAACGCAAGGUGCAGUCAGAUCAAUACAUCCCAGUAGAAGAUAUCCAUGGGGAGAUGAGUCAGCUGGAGAAGCAGCUGGAUGAGCUGGAACAGAGGGGAGUGGAGCUGGAGAAGAAGCUCAGAGACAACCCAAACGAUGAGGAUGAGGAGCACUUGUUGGUGGACUGGUUCACUCUAAUUCACGAUAAACACCUUCUAGUCCGACGGGAAGCUGAGCUGGUCUACACGGCGAAGCAGCAGAACCUGGAGGAGAGGCAGGCUGACGUGGAGUACGAGCUGAGGUGUCUUCUCAACAAACCAGAGAAAGACUGGACCGAGGAUGACAAGAGUCGGGAGCAGGAGCUGAUGGAUGAGCUGGUUACCAUCAUUGAACAGCGCAACCAAAUAGUCAACAGCAUGGACCAAGACAGGCAGAGGGAGGAAGAGGAGGACAAACUUAUGGAAGAGAUGCUGAAGAAAAAAGACUUUAAGGAUCCAGACAGCGACCAUCAAAAGAAAAAAGGGACAAAGUUUAAACCCAUCAAGGUGCUCAAGCGUCUGAGCCAUAAAGGAGAACCGGGAAAGAGUCCCAGCCCUCGUAAGGAGAAAAGCUGAAGAGCAGAGGACACGUCUAGUUUGAAGGGAUAUUUAAAGGACGCCUAUUUUAACAAGACUAAGGAAUUCUGAAGGAAGAAGACAGCUCCUCAAACUGUUUUUAACCCCCCCCCCCCCCCCCAGCCCCUGCUCACAUCUCCAAACUUCUCUUGGUGGCUAUUUUCAGUUGCCUUUUAGUGUCUAACAGCAGGUGCUUUAAAAACUUUAGGCUCAAAAUAUUCAAACUAGUGACAUGUUGGGUGGGUUUCUGUAUCACUGCACUGAUUGUGUGUUUUUGCUUGAACAUCCCUGCAUUGCACAGUGACUCUGCACCGUAGGCCUUCAGCAAAGAUGUAUGUGGUUUGUCAGCUUACAUUAGUCCUUGAUAUCCUUGAGUUUUUAAUGGUUUUUUUUUCAUCUUACUUACACUCCCCGAGUACCUGAGUAGUGGGCUCCUCUGCUCCUUCAAAGGUGCAUGUGUGGACAUCUGAGGUUUUAUGUCAUGUCUGGUUUGAGCCUGUGGUACUGGUAGAAAUACGUUUGUUUUUCUUCCAGAUGAAACUUGCUUUAAACUGAAGCAUCUAUUCUUGAAACGCUCAAUCAACAAAGACUUCUAGCUGCUAUACUGUUUGUGGUUUUCUUGUUUGGUUUCUUCAGUGCUAGUUUUACAGUUGUGUGUGUAAACUGUCAUCAAAGGAUUGAAUGAACAUAGACACAGUAUUUAUAAGUGGGGUUAAACUGCAGGAGAAAACAGAAUCGUACAGGAGGAACAAACUGCAGAAAAAAACAAAUUGCUUGUUAGUUUUAAAGGAGACCUAUUAUGCUGAUUUCCAUAUUUUUCAUUUUGAGACCCUACCAGAGGAUCUUUGCAUGAUUCAAUUCAAGGGGUAUACUCCAGGUAACCCCCUGGUCUCAAAGACAGUUUAAGUCCCCAGUCCCUUGAACCCUAGAACACUAACGUUGGGU